CGUUUGGUGGACACGACGCAGUAGCAGCAUAUUUACACUUGGUAUACGUUAGAUGGAGUCACACGUUUAUAGAAGGGCAGUUUUUGCCUUCCUUCUAGCCACAGUUUACGUCUAUGAGACGUUGGCAAACAGCAUAAAGCGUGAUCCAGCUCUAACUCAAGUACUUGAAGUUCAAUCUAACGCCACCAUAUUGGCUCCAAUUGUGUGCAACGAUGAGAAACCAUUUCCAGAUCCUGCUGACACAACUGGAACCUGGUAUUAUCAGUGCUUUUGGUCUGAGCAGGACUACAUUUGGGGGGUAUUUCAUCUGCAAUGUCCAGAUGGAGGUUAUUUCGAUAAGGACCACCUUAUCUGCCUGGAAAGGCCAACAGUUCCAAUCGUUUGUAAGGAUGAGAACCCAUUUGCAGAUCCUGCCGACACAACUGGAACCUGGUAUUAUCAGUGCUUUUGGUUUGAGGAGGGGUACUAUUGGUGGGUAUCGCAUGAGCAAUGUCCACCUGGGGGUUAUUUCGAUAAGGAGAUGCUUGCCUGUGUGGAAAGGCCAACAGUACCAAUCGUUUGUAAGGAUGAGAACCCAUUUGCAGAUCCUGCUGACCCAACUGGAACCUGGUAUUAUCAGUGUUUUUGGAUUGAGUACUAUUGGUUCGCAAUGCAUGGACAAUGUCCCCCUGGGGGUUAUUUUGACUCGGUACUCUGUGUGUGUAUUGCAACAAUUUGAGGAUGGCAUUUCAAAAAAUUGUAAGAAGCUUAGGACAUAUGUUUAACACCUAUGUAGCAGCCGCCCCUUGCGAAACAUUUACUUAUAAUGAUUUUUUGCUGACAAUUAUUUUUUGAAUAUCUUUCAAUCGUUUACAAAAUUAUGUGUAAUAAAAACAUAAUAUCAUGCAAAAAUAUCUCGCAUGCCAUUUUUUACGGAAAAGAA